AUGAUGUACUUUAUUUUUAUCCUCCCAACAAAUAAUAAUAAUAAUAAUAAUAAUAAUAAUAAUAAUAAUAAUAAUACAGAUCUUUUAAAACAAUGUCAAGAAACAACUUUGAAUUGUUUUGGUAAUGGUCAAUGUAAUGAGUUUGGUAAAUGUGAUUGUAUUGAAAACUAUAAUCCAAUUGAUAAUUGUUUAACAAAAUCAAGUGAUGAAAUCAAAAAAAUAUCAUAUGACCUAUCAUCAAGUAGUAUUCAAUAUCUAAGAGUAUUAAAAGAUGGAAUUCAAUUUACAGGUAGAUUCUUGGAUUAUAUUGUAUCUGAUGGUCGUAAUACCUAUUCAAGAACACAAUUAGUAUCAUUAACACCAUCAGAACAAUCAACCACGGAAUCUAUAGCAUUGAUUGGUAUUUUAUUACCACAAUGUCAAUCAUGUAUUAUUGAUCCUGAUUUUACACCUUUGUUGGUUGAUACAAGUCAAAGUCAAUGUGGUGACAACCCAUCAAAUAAUAACACAUGGAAGAUUAUUGUUGGUGUAACAAUUGGUGGAGCCAUAUUUAUUGCUGCUAUUACAGGUUUAAUUAUUUAUGCUAAAAGAUAUACCAAUAUAAAAUAUUCAAACUCUGUAAAGUUGUCUAAAAUGAAUCAAUAA